AUCCACUUCUCUUGCCUUACUCUUCUUGGGAACCAGGUGCUCCUCCAGCCACAGGACAUGUCCUGCUACAACCAGUGCCUGCCAUGCCAGCCCUGCGGCCCCACCCCACUAGCCAACAGCUGCAAUGAGCCCUGUGUCAGGCAGUGCCAGGACUCCACUGUUGUCAUCGAGCCCCCUCCUGUGGUGGUGACCCUACCCGGACCCAUCCUCAGCUCCUUCCCGCAGAGCACCGCCGUGGGAUCCUCCACCUCCGCUGCCGUUGGCAGCAUCCUCAGCUCUGAGGGAGUGCCCAUCUCCUCCGGGGGCUUUGGCCUCUCUGGCUUUGGCAGCCGCUACUGUGGCAGACCAUGCCUCCCCUGCUAA